AUGGCAGAGGCAUCUCCGCGCGACAAGUUUCAGGGAAAGCGUACAACGCUUGCCGUCGAGUUACCCGACCUGGAGGAGCCAGAGACGAGUGUUCAAAUUGAUCCGGCAAAUGUUCCAUAUGUUCCCGACUUGUACGAUUCAAAGGCUACAUCCGCGCAAAUAGCGGCACAAAAGGCCGAUAAAGCAUUACCGGGCGAGGUUCCCAUGCCAAAGGUGGUCACUGCCGCUGGACAAGUCGAGGGUGUUGGCGUUUCUUCAAAUGUCUUCCAAAAGAGCGAGGACAUCAAGGCGUUUGUCGGAGAAGGAGCUCAAAAUACAGCUUCAAAGGCCUCAGACGCUGGUAGCACUUUGAAAGGGUGGGCCCAAAGCCUAGGCAGCCUUCAACUACCCGGUGUCGGUUCGAACAGUUCCCAGAGCGGUGCUAGCGACCCGAAACGCUCGGAACUCGACGCAGCCGACGUACAGGGUCUCUACGUUCUGCUUGGAAUCAUCGGUGGUGGAUGGCUCCUUGGAGGUCUGUUAUCGAAGCGCGGGACCCCUCCAGCUAAGCAUUCGUCGACGCACUAA